AUGGAAGAAACAAACCAGACUGUGGUGUCUGGAUUUAUUCUGCAGGGACUUUGUACUUCACAGGAACUAGAGGUCUUCCUCCUACUACCAUUUUCCAUCCUUUACCUGAUGAAUGUGGUAGGCAACAUCUUUGUUGUGAUAUUAAUCAUCAUUGAUCAUCGUCUCCACUCACCCAUGUACUUUUUGUUAGCUAAUCUCUCAUUCAUUGACCUCUGCCUUUCCUCGGUAACUACCCCCAAACUGAUCACAGACCUCCUAAAAGAUACUAAAACCAUUUCCUUUGGGGGCUGCAUGAGCCAGAUCCUCUGUGUGCACUUCUUUGGAGGAGGUGAGAUGGUGCUUCUGGUAACAAUGGCCUAUGACCGGUAUGUGGCCAUCUGCAGGCCACUCCACUGCAGCAGCAUCAUGGACAGGCAGAAGUGCAUCUGGCUCGUUUUGAUAUCGUGGAUCAUUGGAUUUAUACAUGCCGUGAGUCAACUGAUUCUGAUUUUGGAGCUGCCCUUCUGUGGACCUAGAGUGAUAGACAGCUUUUUCUGUGAUAUCCCUUUGGUGCUGAAAUUAGCCUGCACGAACAUUGAUACUCUGGGAAUCGUGAUAAAUGCUGACAGUGGUGUUUUAGCAACAACUUGCUUUAUUCUCUUGCUGAUAUCUUACACUUACAUUCUAUUAACUGUUCAACUUCACUCUAAAGAUGGCUCAUCAAAGGCACUAUCUACAUGUACAUCCCAUAUUAUAGUAGUUUUACUAUUCUUUGGGCCAGUCAUUUUUAUCUAUUUGUGGCCAGUCAGCAUUAUGUGGGUAGACAAAUUUCUUGCAGUAUUUUACUCAGUAAUCACACCUCUUCUAAAUCCUGCCAUCUAUACACUGAGAAAUAAGGACAUAAAGAAUGCCAUAAGGAAGGUGAUGAAUCACAUUUAA